GAUUCUGUUCGAAAUGGCACCCUAUAAAUUCAAAAUGGAGAACCCAGAAGACAGAAUUUGCAAUUUUGCAUCACAUUUUGUCAUCAAAAGCAUUCUAAAUGAUUAUAAAGAAAGUGAACAUUACAUUGAAGGUUAUGUUUGUACAAAGGACGAAGUUGUCGAUGUAUUAAGACACUUUAGUAUCUCAACGUGUACAAGAUACAGCGUUACCAAGGCCUGCAGAAGUUUUGGGAAUGACCUCACUUCAGCCGAGCUGCAAAAUGUGCGGGGUACCUCCUCUGAAUCUAGUCAGAACAAGGAGAGCCAAUCAAAAACCAAGGGCAAUUUCUAUGGCGGGAAACUGCGUUGCCUCUGGACAAGUCAAAGAGAACCUAAUAUCAAGUUUGACGGUGUUCCAUUCAUUAUCCGUGGUUCAAAAGUGAUGCAGUGCAAAUGUGUGACAGGUCCAUUUAGAAAUUAUGGCGCAAAAGUUAAACAGGAGAAUGGGAAAGAACCCAAAGUGAAGAGACUAAAGACUGAGAAGAUGCGUCCGGAGGUACACAGCUGUUUGGCUCGAUUACGCAUCAAAGAGAUCUUCAGAUUUCCAGAAUUCUCUAUAGAAAAAGACCCAAAGGAAACUAGCAAGCAUUUCGAGCGAGUAUCCAAGCGUUUCAAGUUGGAUGAGCUCCGAGAUGCUUGUGCCUCUGACUGCAAGCUCCCAUUGGUUGAGAGGAGAUUCUACAUUUUGCUGCCAAAACCUCAUUUGCAUAACCAUCAAACAGGCACAGGAGGAAACAAAUCUCUUGAAGCAAUCAUCCACCAACUACAAGAAGAUGACCCAUCCGCAAACUUCUUCUUCCAGUCAUCUGAAACUGUGGAAAACUCGCAAGAAAAUCUUGCCGUAAAAGCAAUUAAACAUGAACUGAAUGAAUCCGAGGACUCUGUUAAAAUGGAUGAUAUAUCACAAGACUCUUGUGGAGUAAAACAGGAGUCAUAUUCCGGCGGAUCAUUCCUAUUUGUCCAUCAGACACAUUGGCAACGCGAAUUCCUGAUGCAUUAUGGGAAUGAGCUCUCCGUGUUGAAUCCGAUGAUUGAAACACAGAGUUACUGUCUGCCAUUGUAUUUUGUUUACGUCAAGACAGACCUUGGUUAUACAUGUGUCGCCACCUUCAUUGUGCAUAAGGAAACGGUGGAGAAUCUAUCGUCAGCGUUGAAGGUGUUGAUGCAGUGGAAUGUGGACUGGAAGCCAAAAUACUGGAUGACCGUGUUGAAGCAUUCUGGGGCAGAAAUUACCGCACUUCAGGAAAACUUUCCAGCCAGUAAAGUCUAUCUGUGUCCACUGUUUGUUGAGGAGGCCAUCCAUCGUUGGAUCACCGUGGGACGUUACAAGGUUGAUGUGUCGGAACAGGAGGAGUUGGAGUCCAUGAUACUCCGCAUAAAGAAUGCCGAGGAUGAACCUGCCUUGCAUGAAGCUCAGUGCAGUUUGGAGAAAAGUCACGCUUGGCUGAAAAACCAGCAUCUACAGAAUUGGUUUUGUGAUCUGUGGGUUCCUCACAUUGAAAAGUGGGCCUAUUAUUACCAGAAACAUGACGGUUAUUUCAAGUUUGUGUCCUCAGUCAACUCACACACCCCCCUUGCCAAGAUGAAUAUUGUUUACUCGCUAACGACCAACAAUCCAGAGAGGACCAUGAAGGGGGUCAUCUCACAGGUUGUUGAGUCGUAUUUACCAUCUCUACACAUGAGGUUUGUACGGAAUUUCCAGCGUCAUGCGAGCACGUACUCCUCAUGUCUGGUGAAGAGAAGAAUGCCGGCGUACCUUGAUGGGAGGCCGCACCAGUUCUUCAAACACUGCAUGGACAUGCUGGCUAAGGCUGAAAGGAAGUGUGAAAUCUCAAAAGUUGCUGACGGAAGUGGAGCAUUCAUGGUCACACACAGAAAUGACAACACUGCAUGCUUAGAAAUGAAUACCUCUAAAACAUGGAUGGUGAAGUUAAUCAGUGAGGACGGCAUGCCACAAUGCAAUUGUGAAAACUGGCUAAAAACAAGAUGGCCAUGUCAGCAUUUCUUUGAACUUUUCGUUAGCGGCGUGGCGAGUUGGUUGGAUUUGCCUCAUACUUAUACGUCUAGUCCUUUCUUGAAGGUGUUCCCAUUCACCAAAUCCUUCCAAACGGGACUUGCUGAUGUAGUGUUUAACAAACACCAUAAAGGUGUAACUCCUGAACAGUCAGGAACCAAGCAGAAACGAGAGAAAUCAUUCAUUAAACACAUCACAACUGACCGUGGAGAUUUUGUGCAAGUGUAUGAUGGGACAAGUGGUAUGUUGGUCUGUGUGAAUGCUGAAGAUCUCGACCAGGCGUCAAGUGAUGCUGGUCUUUCCAAUGAACAGGAAGAGGAAGUCCUCAACCUUGAAGGAAAUGUGGUCAUUGAAGUUGUUAUUGGGGACGAGGUUAGUUUUGAUGAUGGUUACUAUGACACUGGAUACAUUUCCACCGGUGAAAACAGCAAACGCACCAACCAUGUUUAUAUUCCACUCAAUACAACAGCAGAAUCUGGAGGUUCUGUCGUUGCCACGGUGACUGAUAUACACAACCAAGAGGAUAUGCUAAAGGUUGCCCAACAGGACGUGUCUGGAUAUUCUGAAGUUCAAGAUAUCGCGUUUGUUCAAUCUCAGAAUACAUGCAUCACUGAAGAUCCUCCUAAUACACAUAACACCAUCACUAAUGGUGAAAUGUUACAGAGCUGUUCAUAUGCUGGUAAGAUUUUCCUGCAGGUGAUCGAUGAUGUCACAGGCUCGUGUUCGUCAGACGAGAGUAAAACAGACAAAUGCCCCAAGAAAACCGGCAGUGCUGAAGUUAUUGUGAGUGUGCAGCCGGACAGCAGCAUGGUCUUGCCUGCAGAUGCGCUUGACUCUCAUAAUUACAGCAUCAACUCUGAAAUAUUGCAACAUCGGGAGAAUAGUAGCAAGUCAUUUGUGCAAGAUUGUGAUUCAGUGUGAGAUUGGACAGCCACCCUAGGUGGCAUGCUGGCACAUGGUCAGCCACACCCUAGGUGGCAUGCUGGCACAUGGACAGCCACCCUAGGUGGCAUGCUGGCACAUGGUCAGCCACACCCUAGGUGGCAUGCUGGCACAUGGACAGCCACCCUAGGUGGCAUGCUGGCACAUGGACAGCCACCCUAGGUGGCAUGCUGGCACAUGGUCAGCCACCCUAGGUGGCAUGCUGGCACAUGGUCAACCACCCUAGGUGGCAUGCUGGCACAUGGUCAACCACCCUAGGUGGCAUGCUGACACAUGGUCAGCCACCCUAGGUGGCAUGCUGGCACAUGGUCAACCACCCUAGGUGGCAUGCUGGCACAUGGUCAACCACCCUAGGUGGCAUGCUGACACAUGGUCAGCCACCCUAGGUGGCAUGCUGACACAUGGUCAGCCACCCUAGGUGGCAUGCUGGCACAUGGUCAACCACCCUAGGUGGCAUGCUGGCACAUGAUCAGCCACCCUAGGUGGCAUGCUGGCACAUGGUCAACCACCCUAGGUGGCAUGCUGACACAUGGUCAACCACCCUAGGUGGCAUGCUGGCACAUGGUCAACCGCUUGCUUAAAUCUGGCUGGUCAUCUGUCGCGUAAACCCCAGGAUUAUUGCAGCCCCAAAUGUUGGCAAAAACAUCAUUUUCGGAUUUUGCUUUUGCAAUAUCCUAUAAUAACACCAAGUUACCCUAACGUUUGCAAUUGUACCCCCUUUCGUAAAAUACUCGUCUCACUAAAAUAUUCGACGUGCAGAAAUCAAGUGGUUUACUGAACAGAAACUUCAUGUUAAGAGUUACAAUGUGGUUAUUUGGCAAUAAAUGAAAGAGGAAUCAA